AUGUCGAAUCUGGAGACGCAUGUCACGGUGCAGAAGCGAGCCUACUAUGCACCACCCUGGGCAGACGUUAGCAUUAUUGGUGUGGCGGGCAGCUCUGGCUCUGGAAAGUCGACUCUUUCGCAGGCAAUCGUGAAGAAGCUCAAUCUACCAUGGGUGGUCAUUUUGUCGAUGGACUCAUUUUACAAAACUCUGACACCAGAGCAAUCUAAGCUGGCCUUUGCCAACGACUAUGACUUUGAUUCCCCCGAGGCCAUCGAUUUUGACAUCUUGGUUGAGCGCCUCCGAGAUCUCAAAGCCGGAAAACGUGCCGAUAUCCCUGUAUAUUCUUUUGCCAAACAUCAACGCCUGGAACAAACAACAACAAUCUAUUCCCCGCAUGUUCUCGUUCUGGAAGGCAUCUUUGCCCUGUAUGACCCACGGGUUCUGGAGCUUUUGGAUAUGGGUAUUUACUGCGAGGCCGAUGCAGACACGUGUCUUGCACGUAGAAUUGUGAGAGACGUUCGCGAGCGUGAGCGAGACAUUGAGGGCUGUAUCAAGCAGUGGUUUGCCUAUGUAAAGCCCAACUUUGAAAAGUAUGUCGAGCCGCAGCGAAAGGUCGCAGAUCUCAUUGUUCCACGAGGCAUUGAGAAUCGUGUUGCACUUGACAUGAUGGUUCAGUUCAUCGACAAGAAAUUAGUGGAAAAAUCCAGACACCAUCGAGAGGCACUGUCGAGACUGGAAGCGGAAUGCAAGGAGCAGCCGCUUUCUGAUCACGUUGUUGUGCUGAAUGGUACACCGCAAAUAAAGGCCAUGAAUACGAUUCUACAAGACAUCGAUACGUCGGCUGAGGACUUUAUCUUUUACUUUGACAGGCUCGCGGCGUUGGUACUCGAGCAGUCGCUCAACAAUGUCCAAUUCAAAAGCCUCUCCAUCAACACGCCCCAGGGUCACGAGUACAAGGGUCUCGCGCCCAAGGGCGAGGUCAGCGCCGUCAUUGUGCUGCGGGGAGGAUCAGCAUUCGAGUCGGCGCUGAAGCGGACGAUUCCCGACUGCCGAACGGGCCGGCUCCUGAUCCAGUCUAGCUUCAAGACGGGCGAGCCGGAGCUGCACUACCUCAAGCUACCGGAAGACAUUGCGACGCACGAGAGUGUGCUGCUGUUGGACACGCAGAUGGCGAGCGGCGGCGCGGCGCUGAUGGCGGUGCAGGUUUUGGUCGACCACGGCGUCGCGCUCGACAAGAUUGUGCUGGCUACGUACUCGGCGGGCAGGAUCGGACUGCACCGCCUGAUGACUGUGUUUCCCGAGAUUAAGGUGGUUGUGGUGAAUAUCCUGGCGGAUCAGGAGCAGCGAUGGGUUGAGAAGCGCUAUUUCCGCUGCUAA